AGUGUUCAGUUCACUGUGUUGGAUUAUUGUGCUGAGCUUGAGCAGAAGCAAAGUGUGUUAUUCUUGAAACUCGCAAUAAUUCUCGAUGUUUAUGUGCAAUGAAAACUCAAGACUUAUUAUAUAUAUCAACUAAAAGUGAUUGCUAUAAUAAGAAUUAGUAGAACAAACGAAACGACUUCAGUUAAAUUAUAAUGUUAAACAGUUUCAGUUAAGAUGUCAUUAGAGAAAGUGUUGAUUCGCACACUGCAUUCAUACGUUUGAAGAUGUUAUUAUUUUUCAAUUUAUUUCCGCAUUAUUGUAAUCGGUUUCGUAAUUUGAGUACUAAUUCCGAAUAUAAAAUGUGGUAUGCCGCCUUGGUGCGCUUCAUACGAAGACGACUAGUGUUAGGCAUAAUUUUCGCGUCUUCAUUAACUUAUUGCAUUGUCAGUUUUCUCAGAGAGGGUAGCAGCAGAGGUAUGAUUUAUCAAGAUGUAGCAUUUGAACGGAAGCCCUUUGUAUGGAGAACACUUCAGGAACAUAAUGAUACAAUAGACAAUUUAAUAUGCAGAAACUCGGUACAAGGAAAGCAAUUACUUGUAGAUGAUAGAGGUUACGUAUGUCAAAGAAUGGAUGUUACAAAGAAUGGUUGCUGUGAUACUGAAGCGGAUUUUACAGACAGAUAUAGCUGUGAAACUUGUUCUGAAAAUAAUUGCUGUAUCAUAUAUGAAUAUUGUGUCUCCUGUUGUCUGGAUCCCAGUAAGCGGGAUAUGCUAGAGGUCGUCUUAUCUAAACUGUCGACGGAGAAAAACGUGUUGUUCCGGUCACUGAGCGACGACUACGAGCUGUGCCUUACGAAGUGUCGCACCAGCUCACACAGCGUCCUCCACGAAAAUUCCUACAAGGAUCCCAUCAACAAACAUUGUUUCGGCGACGAGUUGCCGAGAUCAAGGACCCCCGACUAGCAAAUACUAAUCCUCGUAGCAUAAGUUAGUAAUGUUUUUUACGUUUAUAUUCAUUGAAAUAUAGUUAGGAUAUAAUGAAAUAGUUUGAAUGAUAUUUUAUGCACGUUCCGUGUUACGAAAAUGUGAAUUAUCAGAUUGAAUGGUGCAUCUCUUCAAGAAAUAUAGUUAUAUUAAAAAAAUACAUCAUACAUAUUUUACUAAUUGUUUUUUCAUGGAGGUAUUGAAUUGGAGUAUUAAGGCAUUGUUAACAUACACUGUACAUGGUUAAUGCUAUAAAUUCAUAUUAUCUAAUAUUCAAUUUUAUUAUACUAAUUUCAGAACUAUGUUCUUUUGUACUGCGAAUGUCAGAUAUGCAUAAGAAACUCUACAAAGGGAUUAUAAAUUUAUAAAUCAUCUACAGUAUAUAGUCACGCAUAGUAGUAUUACCAAAAAACCAAAAUCGCCAUUUUUCAUAUCAAUCUAUGCUAUCUGUUAAUCUGAUGUAUAAGCUAUAUUAUUGCAAAGCUUCAUUAAAAUCUAUUCAGUAGUUAUUACUUGAAAGUAUCAAACCUCCAUCCAUCCAUACUUAAAAACCUUCGCAUUUAUAAUAUUAGUCAGACGGCGCAUAAGCAACGACCAAUAGCAGACGAGCUUAUAUCGCGCCUGAUAAAAACCGCAUUACGUCGCUUAACGAACAGUGGCCCAAUUUUGCUAUUUCAAUUAUCGUGCCACAGAUGAAAAAUACAUAAAUGACUAAAUUAAUGUUAUCGAUGUUCGGGGCAGAACAAAAAAUCUCAAAACAAUGAAUGCUCUAGUAGACAAAAUGCUAAGAUAACACGGAUAGUGUCAAUUUUGGAACGAUUUCGAUUAUUCUAAUGGCAAUAAUUGUUUAAUUGUAAAUAGCGGAAUUGGGGCCCAAACUGUCAACCGUCAAUGCUUUAAUGUGCCGAGUGUGAAAGGUUGAAUGUUAUAUUAUAAUGUUGUAUGUGUUUUUACGCUCCUUUGGCUUACGUUUCGCAGAUACGUUGAUAUAAAUUAUAUUAUUAUGGUCUUAUAUGGUACUACUAUACGUAAAUAUAAUUUCGAGUGGAAUCUAAACAAUGACUUAAGCCAUAGAGCAAUUAUUGUUUAUGAUGUUAACAUAUGGUGUUACGACUCUUUUUAAAUAACAAUAAAUUAAUUUAAUUAUAUAUUAUGUACACCAGUGAGCAAGGACGUGACGAUAUUUUAAAAUAAAAACACAACAAGGUAUGACAACGAUAAAUGUUAGCGCAAAAUGCAGAUUUUACAAAAAUAUUUAAUAAUAAAUAAAUCAUUAAUAUAGUGGGGCUUUAAAAUAACCCAUGUACCUACCUAAAUCCGGAAUAAUGUUACAACCAAUUAUUAAUAUAUAAGUGCAGUUGUGGAAGAGAGACCACAAUUGGAGUUGAAGACCGCCGUCACACUUCCUCAACUUCAAAAAAUUUUAUUCUAAGAGACAGUAGGUCUCAUAUCCCAGCAUUCCACCUUAGAGUGAAAGAGUAAGAGCAAACUUAAAGGUGGCUGAAAACUGAGCUGACUUUGAAUUCGGUACCAAUUUAUCUGGUGAGAUGACGUAUUUCAACGACAUAUUUGUUGAUAAAUAUUAAUGUACCGUAGGUUUAAUAACACUUAAGGUUUUGAAUUAGUAAAAAAUAUCAUCUUUAAAAGGUUUUUUUUUGUAAUGUAAAGAGGUCGGUAAUUAUUGAUCAACCGUGUUUUUGAAUGUUAAAAAAGAAUCACGAAAAUCGACCCUGCUUUAUGGUGAUGACACCUUACGAUAAAAACUAUAUCUCGAGUGCGGGUCGAUAUGGCCUCAAUUCUUCCAAUAUUUUGUUCUAAAUCGCUUUAAAUCUAAUCAGUUUAUUACGAAAAUGAUAAUAAUUAAAUUCCUUCCAUGAUAAGAUAAAUUGAAAUUGAUAAAAGUUAAUCUUUGUUACUCUCGAGUGACGUGCUAACUAAACUAACAAAUGCUUGCGUCAAUCGACAUUACCUCUUUUUUAUCUUCGUCGACUUUUGUUCCAUAAUAGCAUGAUGUCAUAUUACACUCUGACCAAAUUAAUCGGCCAGGUUAAAGUACGAUUGUCAAUUAUCUUUAACUUAGUAAGAAUUUUUUUUUACUUCUUCGGAUUUUGCACUAAAUUAUUCCUUGCUUUAAAUGCUUAAGACUGUUAGAGGGGAAGCGAGAUGAGGCUACACUGCGUGCUUAUGUUUCUCUUUCACAACUGCAAAUUCUAUUUUGAGAAGUGGUGGUCGCGUGUAACAUAUGACUCGACGGUAGGACAGUUGAAAUUGUGGAAGCGAGCGCUUUACACUGCUCGUAGCGUUGUCUCUUUCGCAAAGACAAAAGUCCUACUUCAAUAAGUGAUGUUUAACCUCACAACUCGAUACGAGUCACUUGGCAUAUAAGAGAGUAGCAAGGUAUGCACGAGAAGUGACGCCCCCUCCCUCCCUCACCUAGAGCGAUUAAAACAUUACAGGGUAUGAUUUUUAAAUGUGCGCCCUCUUUGUAGGAUCCUGGCUCUGCUCAGCUUACACGCUCACGCUUUACACUGCGGGUGCGCAGUUCACAACCACUAUUAUAAUUAUGGUUCUCAGAAGUCCUAUUUAUUAUGUACCUUUGCAUUUUCCGCUACUCAAUAGGUUUUAUUAAACUAAAUGAUAUGAAG